AGAGGUGGACAACUGAUGGAACAUUCCACUACGAAGACUAAAACUGUUCUUACAAGGUAGUUUGCUCAGAUUAGUCUGAGAUCCAUACAGGAAAAAAAAGAUCUCUCAACCAACAGUGACUGGAACCACUUGAGAACUCCUGGAUGAUCGGUUGAGGCCUUGGAGGGAAAGCACUAAAGACUUUACAUUUCACAGUCAGUUCUGUUAAGCAACUAUGGAACUAGAAAAGGACCACAUUUCUACUACCCCAACAGAACUUGAGAAUCUGAGUGAUGCUCCGUUUUCCGGUGAUGAAGAAAAUGGUGGGUCUGAGGAACGAAAGACUGAAAUCAACGGGAAUUGGAUUCCUGCAACUUCAAUUACUGAGGCCAAAAUAAACGCUAAAGCAAAGAGGCGCUUGAGGAAAAACUCUUCCAGAGAUUCUGGGAGAGGAGACUCUGUUAGUGACAAUGGAGAGACGCUGAAGGUUGGAGCUGCACCAACGAGCCCAAAGGGGAAACUCCUGGACAGGAGAUCCCGGUCUGGCAAGGGAAGAGGUCUACCAAAGAAAGGUGGAGCAGGUGGUAAAGGUGUUUGGGGAACACCAGGUCAAGUGUAUGAUGUGGAAGAAGUAGAUAUUAAGGAUCCUAAUUAUGAUGAUGACCAGGAGAACUGUGUCUAUGAAACUGUAGUUUUACCUCUGGAUGAAAGAGCAUUUGAAAAAACUUUGACACCAAUCAUACAGGAGUAUUUUGAACACGGAGAUACUAAUGAAGUUUCGGAGAUGCUGAAGGAUUUGAAUCUUGGUGAGAUGAAAUACAGUGUGCCAGUGCUGGCUGUGUCCCUGGCAUUAGAGGGGAAGGCUAGUCACAGGGAAAUGACAUCCAAGCUUAUCUCCGACCUUUGUGGGACAGUAGUAAGCAAAACUGAUGUGGAAAAGUCGUUUGAUAGAUUGCUUAAAGAACUACCUGAAUUGGUGUUGGAUUCUCCCAGGGCACCACAGUUGGUGGGCCAGUUUAUUGCUAGAGCUGUUGGAGAUGGGAUUCUAAGCAGUACCUACAUAGAUGGCUACAAAGGCACUGUGGAUUGCGUCCAAGCUCGAGCUGCACUGGACCGAGCUACUGUGUUGCUGAGCAUGACCAAGGGUGGAAAGCGUAUAGACAGCGUGUGGGGGUCAGGAGGUGGGCAGCAGUCUGUGAAACACCUGGUUAAAGAGAUUGAUAUGUUGCUGAAAGAGUAUCUGCUUUCUGGAGAUGUACUGGAAGCUGAACGUUGCCUUCAGGAACUGGAAGUACCCCAUUUUCACCAUGAACUUGUAUAUGAAGCCAUUGUAAUGGUUUUGGAGUCAACUGGGGAAAAGACCUUUAAAAUGAUACUGGAUUUGCUGAAAUCUCUCUGGAAGUCUUCUGUCAUCACUGUGGACCAAAUGAAAAGGGGCUAUGAACGAGUUUACUGUGAAAUCCCAGAUAUCAACCUGGAUGUGCCACACUCCUAUUCUGUGCUUGAGCGGUUUGUGGAGGAAUGCUUUCAGGCUGGAAUAAUCCCCAAACCACUGAGAGACCUCUGUCCUUCAAGGGGCAGAAAGCGUUUUGUGAGCGAAGGAGAUGGAGGUCGUUUUAAGCUGGAGAGCUACUGAAUGUGAGAACCAGCUCCUGAAGCCUUAAAUGUUGAAAGGGAAAUAGGUAUCUAACUAUAUAUAUAUAUACAAACACGCAUGCUUUUUGGGUGUGUGUAUGUAUAUAUGUAUACACAUAUAUAACGUACCAAAUUUAAGAGUUGCUUAGCACAGUUCAUAUUUUUUUAAAAGCACAUGUUUUGGGUACA